AUGUCCUCGGUCGUCUACUACCGGUUUCUCCACCAGAAGGUGCGGCUGGUGAUCCAUUUCGACGGGACGUCGAUCCUGGUGUUUGACCUCAAACGCGAGAUCAUCAUUGCCAACCAGCUCGGGCUGGGCGUCGACUUCAACCUCAAGCUCUACCACCUGGAAAACCCCAGUCUCGAGUACGAGCUCGACACCGACAUCAUCCCCCGCUCCACCUAUGUCCUCGUCAAACGCAGCCCGUCACACACUCGGGGGGGUCGGUUCAACAACGCCCUGCGCUACGUCAGCGGCAAGCCUCGCAUCAAGCGGGUGCCGAUGGCUCUGGCGGCGACGACUGCCCCCACCGUCGGCGCCGUCGCCGACGAGAACAUGAGCGAAGAGGACCGCAUCAAGAUGAUGUUUGCGGACCAGCUGAACGCGUGGGCCAGCGCCCAGGACGAGUUGGCCCAGCACAAAGUCAUCCACUACAGCCACGCCGCCCCUGGCGCCGCGGCGGCUGGCGGCGCCCGCAAGGACGAUAUCCCCCCGCCAGGGUACAUCUGCUACCGGUGCGGCAAGAAGGACCACUGGAUGAAGAAUUGUCCCCUGAUCGCCGACCCCAACUUCGAGAAUAAGAAGAUUUUGCGCACGACGGGUAUCCCGAAGUCGUUGCUUCGAACGAUUAAUAAGGACGACUUCAACGAGGACAACCUCACCAAAAACGAGAACGGCGAGUUGUUCGACAAGGACGGCAACGCCAUCUUGGUCACCGAGGACGGCGACUACGCCAUCGCCGUCGCCGACUCCAAGACGUGGAAAACGUACCAGGAGAAACAGCAGAACGCCGCCGCCAAGCAGAAGCGAGAGUUCGACAACAAGAUCAUCGCCUGCGUCGAACAAGACAAAAAGUUACAGUUUCUCGACCCCCUCCAGCCGGAGCCGACGCUUCUACGCACCCCCAUCGUCACCACGCCCUGCUGCCCCACCCCCGACAAAGUGAACAAGCUUAAGAAUAUCUACUACCACCAGCCGGACUUGGAGCAGACCCUCAUUGAAAACGACUUCACCUGCCCCAAUUGCGGGGCCGAAGACAUCUUCAUCGACCUGUUGGUGCCGGCCCCGCAAUUGGAGAGCGACCUCGCCCACUACAUCGACGAGAAACAGAAGGAACUCGACAUCGCCGACCCCGCCAGCCGCAAACGCGAGCGGGACGACAGCCCCGACCCCGACGACCCCGACAGCAAGCGCGCUAAAGGCGACGACUACCCGAUGAAUAACAUGCCGUUUAUGCCGUUCCCGAUGUUUAUGCCCCCUCCCCCGCCUCAGUAUAAGUAA